AUGGUAACCAGAAUCUCUGCUGGACAACAAGCUGAAGCUGGUCAGCAGAAAGUCCGGGCCACCAUGGACCGCCAGAGGCCACGGUCCCGGUUUCCAGAGCUGGAACCUUUGCCCCCAGGCACGAAGAGAAACCCCUGGUAUAAAGAGAAGCCAAGCUUCCGUUACGUGCCAAGGUCCAAAGACGGGCCGACGUUCGCCCCGCACCUGAACAGCCAGAAUUGGGUGUUCGUCAAAAAGGAGGUGGACGACUUCAGGAAAGGUUGCCCACCUUGCGGUGAGAUGAUAACCAGGGGUUGUAAGGACGCACCUUUCCCUUUAAUUUACCGGACAAAGGCCACACCUGCCCCAAAGACUUGCCAGAAGAAGGCGUCCAAAAACUCAACCCUGUUUUCCAAGCUCUCGGCAGCCCAGCUAGCACGCAAGGCCUUCGUGGAGGAGACAGAGGCCAGUCUGAAGGCAAAGGCACAUCCUUUGGAGGACUGCCCCGAUCUGGAAGAUGCAUUGCCUGCGGAGCUCUUAGAAAAAGUGCUGGAAGUGCUAGAUCCCGACAAGGAGCUGAAGGACACCUGGGCUUAUUGUCAGGACGGCAAGAAAAGAACGAAGGAUCCAGCAGAGCUACUAAAAGAUCGUCCGCUAAAGCCCUGCAGGAGCCUUCGCAAUCUGGCUCCCAUCCCGGAUCCGGACGAGUGGCUGAAAGAGAUGAAGCAAGUGGAGGAGCCACCGCCGCACCCUCCGACUCCAGAAAACGUGUCCCGAGCAGUUGCUGACUUCUGCAGGUGGGCUCAUUCAUAUGAGUGUACGGACAUUGAUAAAGAUUAUAUGAUGAGAAAGUUCGACCCAUUCGUUGGCUGGAAAGCAAACACUGGACGAUCCCACAUUAAGGAAGUAGCCCGAAUUCCUAAAAGCUUGAGGAAAGUCCACUGGCCCGCAAGACAGGACCAACCAAGGUUCUCCUUGAACGAACCAGACUUCGAGAAAAAGCUGCAAGCACUGCAGUUGGCUCCUCCGAAGGAACCCGUGAAAAUGAGGUACGGAGCGUGGUACCUGCCUGUCAAGCUGUGGAAAAAAUUACGAGUAGACGAGCCUCUGCUUGACCCCAAUGCCCCAGAGGAAGAUGAGGACACCGGUUUUAGAAGGUUAGACAAUGGGCCUGACAUUCUGGAGGAGCUUUAUGGUACAAUCGCUUUCAAGGAUUUCAUCCUCAGCAAAGGCUACCCCAUGCCAAGUAUAAUUGAAAGGAUGUUUAAAAGAAAGAAAUGGACGUAUGAUAAGGUGAAGACCCCUACUAUACUAUCACGGAAGCCGAGCCCCAUUGAUGACGCUCCAGAAGAAGAACAGUAG